CCUGUCACUAUUAUCAGUUCAACAUGCUAUCGUACAUCAUCUUACUUAAAGUACUUACUGCCCAUAGAUGGAAGUAGGACGGGGCAUCAUGAGUUUGAGAUCAAUUGAAGUCGCGUCGCGCGUCGCGUUUGGGGUGUUUACUUAAAAGGACCCACUGCACGGACCUCAGGACGAGGUCACUGCCGGUGAACACUCAUCUCAGUUUCUUAUUCAAGUUUACAUGCCAGUGAAAUAGUUAGAUGAUCCAGUAAGACUCAAGGAACGCAACUAAUCUCAGCAGGGCCCAAUUGCACCUCAAGAAUUUCGGUUUUCCAAUACGCCGCCCAAAUACCUGACAAGCUUCAGCAGCAUACCAACUCGCUACUCCUGGCCCCGCGUUACUUUGGACCCGGGAGCCAGAGCCGAUCAUCUCAUCCAUCCACGGGAUCGCUUCAGGCCAUUGCACUCCUUGCACCGCAUCUGCAGCUCUCGCCAGCCAUUUUUCACCAUAAAAAACAAGGAUGCCGGCCACCGACUCGGCGGAGUGGGAGCUCCCCAAACUGCGUGCAUCCUUCCUCUUUCAAGACGACUACAAAUACCUCUCAUCAAAUGAUCAGCAAGCUAGUCAAGAUCUAGCCGAGUUCUUUGAUGUGAAGUUCUACCCAUACAACCCGCCAGGAGCGCCUCCCGUCUUUGCUGCCACGAGCAAGAAGCAUGCGGUUAUCUGCCGGUUGACACAAACGACCGACAAAGACACCAACCCAUGCGAAAUCAUACAACUCAUCCGAGAUGAUAGUGACGACGCCAACUGCGCGAGCUGUUGGUCCAGGGACCCUGUGACACAAGAACCCUGGCUCUGUGUCGCCGGCAACGACUCCAACGUCAAAGUAUACAAUGUGAAGCAGGGGAAGUUGGUCAAGACACUUGUUGGUCAUGGCGGUGGCAUCAACGACCUGGCAACUUCACCAGACAACCCACUCAUCAUCGCUUCGGCAUCCGAUGACACGACCAUCAGGAUAUGGAGCUUAGCACCAGCCCAUGACAAGCAGCCAUGUGUCUGUAUCCUUGGUGGCGAAAGUCACUCAUACGACCUGCUCAGCGUGGCUUUCCACGACAACGGCCGAUAUGUUCUGUCUGCCGGCCAUGAUCAAGUCAUCAACCUGUGGGCUCUCCCCGAGUUCCCAACAGAGCACGUCGAUAUUCCCUCGGUGAUCAUCCACCCCCAUUUCUCCUCCUCUGAAGUACACAACAAUCUCGUCGACUGCGUCGCCUUCCACGGCGACCUGAUCCUCUCGCGAGCCUGCCACGAAGACAAGAUCGUCCUCUGGCGCAUCGAAGGAUUCUCCUCGUCGGACCCGAUCCCGGGCCCGCUCGACGCGCCCACGCCGACAGACAUGGCCAAGCAGACGCUCUCAUACUUUGCCCCGACGCUGUCGCACGACCGUCCGGCCAUGUUCACCCGCCUGGCCCAGUUCCACACGCCCGACUGCGGCGUGCAGUUCUUCAUGCGAUUCCGCGUGUUUCAUUGUCCGGGGAAGCACCCGAUCCUGGCGUUUGCCAAUGCCAAGAGCAAGACUUUCUUUUGGGACUUUGCGCGGUUUGGCUCGUACAGGGCGUUUAUGAGGGACUUGAAGGAAGCGCAACAGAAGGCUGGUGGGGCAAGAGUUGCUGGUGGCGGUGGUGGUUCAGCUGCUGACGAGAAUCUGAUGGUCAAGAAACCUUCGUGGCUGAUGGUCAAGAGGGCCAAGAAGACGCCUGCGAACGCGGUUGCCACCCAGACAGCGGCGGUCGGGGACGGGACGUCGAGCCUGAGAUCGUUUGCACUGGCUGACAAGGAGUCGAUGGUCUCGGCCAGUCCGGACCCGGAAAGCGGCACGAGCUGGGGGUACAGCCGCGAGACGCUGCAGGCAUGGGCCGAGAUGUAUGACUUGUCGAAUCCUGUCGGCUAUGUCAAAGCGCAUCGGACACUGGGUAUUGACGGGGGGUUUGUUGGUAGGCAGGUCGGCUGGAGUCCGGAGGGGGAGUGGUGCGUGGUGGUUGGGAACCGGAACAGGGCACUCAUUUACCAGCGGUGGGGGAAGGAGAAAGGCGUUGGUACGAUGAUUGCUUGAGCCUUGUUUGGGGUGUAGUGAAUCACAGGAAGUUUGUAUCUAAGGUUUUGGACAAGUCUGGUAGCCAGGCUAGAAUUCCAACGAAGAAAACAUGGGGAGCACUGAUG